CCUCUGUGACAUUCACCUGUAAGCAGUGCAAAGAGAGCCUCCUCAAGAGACGAAAGAGAGACAAAGAUAAUGGUGUCUGCUGGGCUUCAGUUACUGGGCAUCGCCCUGGCCAUCAUAGGAUGGAUCGGAGUCAUUGUGACCUGCGCUGUUCCCAUGUGGAGAGUUACAGCCUUCAUUGGCAAUAACAUUGUCACGGCACAGACUUCGUGGGAGGGAAUCUGGAUGAGCUGCGUCGUGCAGAGCACCGGGCAGAUGCAGUGUAAAGUCUACGACUCCAUGCUGGCCCUCAGCUCAGACCUUCAGGCUGCCCGCGCUCUCACCAUCAUUGCCAUCGUGAUUGGGAUCCUGGGCAUCAUGCUGGCGAUGGCUGGCGGCAAAUGCACCAAUUGCGUUGAGGAUGAGAGCUCCAAAACCAAGGUCGCUAUCACUGCCGGUGUGAUUUUCAUCAUAGCUGGGUUGCUGUGUCUGAUCCCGGUGUGCUGGACAGCCAACGUCGUCAUCCAGGACUUCUACAACCCCUUGGUGAACGCAGCACAGAAGAGAGAGCUGGGAGCAGCGCUCUACAUCGGCUGGGGGGCCGCCGCCCUGUUGAUCAUCGGGGGAGCUUUGCUCUGCUGCAACUGCCCACCAAAAGAGGAAACAGGAAAAUACACGGCCAAAUACAAUGCUACCCCUCGCUCUGAUGCCUCUGCACCCUCUGGCAAAAACUUUGUGUAAAUGAUCAACUCUAAAAUGGACUCUACAGUGCCUAAUGUUUACAGUCUUGGUUUGUCCAGGAUGCAGUGGCUCAAAAAGAGUUUGCAGCAGGUAUCAUGAGGACUUGAAACGUCAAUGAAACGCUGAUUCUACAAGGUUUCUAAAUAUUUUCAAUAUAUAUAUACAGCACAAAGACAACAAGGACAAUGGGGAACCACAUAAAAAAAACUUCUGUGAUUAAAGGAGACUAAUCUGGAAAUCUCUCGUUUAAGUAUGAUCAAAAUUUCCUCUCAAACAGUUAUGUACUGUGGUCAUAAAUGUGUCAUGUGUUGUUUUUUUCAAAAUGUAUUUUCAUUUUUUUCAAGUAUUUUUAAAUGUUUAUGAUUUUGUAUAUAUUACUGUUUUGUACUGGAAAAAGCAUUUUUUUUUUUCCUGAUAUAAACUUCUGUCCAAAUGAAAAAAUAAAGAAUGUUUGUAUCA